GUGGGCGGCGAGGAGCGAGCUAGCCGGGAGCUGGGGGCUUCCACUCCGGCCAGCUCACCUGGCGCGCUCGGCCGGAAACUUCUGCGCGCUCAAGGCCGGGGCUCUGCGCUGGGGCGGGGAAAGGAAGGAAACUGCAAAAUAUUUGUGGACAAGAUCUAAAUCAGGAGUUCAGAUGAACUUAAAAAAAUAGCAUGGGAGUCUUAGCUUUUCAAGAUCCCUAUAUGCCAAACCCUUAAUCACAGGUGUUCGGACUUUCUCUGAUUUUGUGAAGACUGAACAAAGCUGAUGAUGGAAAAGCAAAGGACCUAAUGACUGGCUUUAGUAUCAUCUAAUUUCAACUGAAAAGUGAAUCAAAUGAUAAAACAACCAUGGAAAGAAAUUCAAGUUUAUGGAAGAACCUAAUAGAUGAACACCCAGUCUGUACCACGUGGAAGCAAGAGGCUGAAGGAGCCAUUUAUCACCUUGCCAGUAUUUUAUUUGUAGUAGGUUUCAUGGGUGGCAGUGGAUUCUUUGGGCUCCUCUAUGUCUUCAGUUUACUGGGCUUGGGUUUUCUCUGCUCUGCUGUCUGGGCUUGGGUAGAUGUCUGUGCAGCUGACAUAUUUUCCUGGAAUUUUAUACUGUUUGUCAUCUGCUUCAUGCAGUUUGUUCAUAUUGCCUAUCAAGUUCACAGCAUAACCUUUGCCCGAGAAUUCCAGCUGUUGUACAGCUCCAUUUUCCAGCCUCUGGGGACCUCUAUGCCUGUCUUCAGAACCAUUGCUUUGAGCUCUGAAGUGGUUACUUUGGAAAAGGAGCACUGUUAUGCCAUGCAAGGGAAGACCUCCAUUGAUAAACUCUCACUGCUUGUUUCAGGAAGGAUGCGAGUGACAGUAGAUGGAGAAUUUCUGCAUUACAUUUUCCCCUUCCAGUUCCUGGAUUCUCCUGAAUGGGAUUCACUGAGACCCACAGAGGAAGGCAUUUUUCAGGUAACCCUCACAGCAGAAACUGACUGUCGAUACGUGUCUUGGAGGAGAAAGAAAUUAUAUUUACUCUUUGCUCAGCAUCGCUACAUCUCCCGCCUGUUUUCAGUUCUAAUUGGCAGUGACAUUGCAGAUAAACUCUACGCCUUGAAUGACAGGGUAUACGUAGGAAAAAGAUACCACUAUGAUAUUCGGUUACCCAACUUUUAUCAAAUGUCAAGUCCAAAAAUGCCCAAAUCACCCCUCACUGAACAUUUUCGGAAUUCCCGGCGGCAUUGUGAUCAAUGAUAUUGAUGUCAGAAGUUUUAUAAUUACAAAAAGACAUUCUUCAUCAUUCCCCAAAUGAAAGCAAAAUAUAGAAAAUUGAGCUCACUAAUAUUUUUAUAAAGCAAACUCAUCAGCAAGGUGCCAUUGCCAGCUGUUUUAUUCAUCUCAACUUCUGCAUUGUAAAUAAAUUUUACAAUUUUUUCAUGUA